AUGCCCAAGCUAAGCCAGAUCGCCUGCCUCGGGCUCGCCGCGUGCCUUUGCCUGUUCCGCGACUCGCCACACCACUCGCUCCACAUCUCCACCGCCUUUGCGCUUGUCGGCUAUGUCGUUACGGACGCGCUCAUCCCGGUGCUAUCGCCGCUCUUCAUCAAGGUCGGACUUCACGGAAAGGACUUGAGCAAGCGCGACACGCCACUCAUUCCCGAAACCAUUGGCGCGGUUCUGGCCAUCGUCUACUUGUUCCUCAUGUUCUUUUUCAUUCCGUUCAUGUUCUACAAGUUCCUCGUCACCACCAGCGGCAGCGGCACGCGUGAUGCGGUGCGCGUGUCCGCGUCCGCUGCGACGGAUUUGUUUCCGCACGUGCGGCUCGCGGAGUACUUGUCUGCAAUCUUGUGUCUCGAGUCGAUGGUGUUGCUAGGGAUCGCCGACGACUUGUUUGACAUCCGCUGGCGCAACAAGUUCUUCCUACCAGCAAUCGCCGCGAUUCCGCUCCUCAUCGUGUACUACAUUGACUUCGGGGUGACCUCCAUCUUGGUGCCCAAGUUCCUCAGGCCUUACUUUGACAAUGCCACGAGCGUCGACGUGGGCUGGGUCUACUACGUGUACAUGGCUAGCAUUGCAAUUUUCUCGCCCAACUCCAUUAAUAUCCUAGCCGGGAUCAACGGCUUGGAGGUUGGCCAAUCGGUUGUGCUCGCAGCGGUGCUCCUCGCCAACGACUGCUGCUACUUGUUCUCCAGCCAGAAGCCCAACGCCUACGAUGCCCACUUGUUUUCCGCCUAUUUGUUGCUUCCGUUCGUCGGGGUGUCUCUUGCGUUGUUGAAGUACAACUGGUUCCCUGCCCGUGUGUUUGUCGGCGACACCUACUGCUACUUCGCGGGUAUGGUCUUUGCGGUGGUGGGCAUCUUGGGCCACUUUUCCAAGACCUUGCUCUUGUUCUUGAUGCCGCAGAUUUUCAACUUUGUUUACUCUGCCCCACAGUUGUUCGGCAUCGUGCCGUGUCCGCGUCACCGCAUGCCCAAGUUCAAUCCUGAUGACGGGCUCAUGUAUCCGUCCUAUGCUGAGUUUGCCAAGGCGGAUCUGAAAAACUCAUCCAAGACAGUUCCCUCUGUGGUGUCGAGACCCGUGGCGGUGGUGCUUCUGAUCUUGGCAAAGCUCAGGCUUUUGGAUGUUAAGUAUACCGACGGGAAGAUCUCUGGCUGCAACAACUUGACUCUCAUCAACUUGGUGUUGGUUUGGUGCGGGCCCUUGCGCGAGGACCGCUUGUGUGCAUACUUGAUGGGGUUGCUGCUUGUGAUGGGCUUGGCUAGUGUGGUGAUUCGACACACCGUUGGGGCGUGGGUGUUUGGCUUUGAUAAUUUAUGGGUGAACAACUAG